AUGACAGCAGAUCCCGAAAUAUUUGUGGCUGAAAAUCAAUUGGCCACUGCACAAAAAGAAUUGAACGAUUUAAAGCAAUUAAGAUCACUUGCUACAGGAAAUAUUCGACCUGGCGAAAAUCCAGAACUAGUUGCCCGAGCAAUUAGCGCUUUCAUUCCACUUCCAAUUAAGUAUACUCAUUCGCUUCAAAGUUUACAAAGUUUAUUCUACUAUUCAUUAAAAAUACAAGAUACAAAAUUAUAUAAUUGGACGUCAGAGCAAAUUAAACGAUUAUACACAGCUUCAAUACUAAAAGCAUUCCAAGAUGCACGCCCACCUGGUACAAACUUACCUACACCUCCAGAAACUUCACUUACUGUUUUCAGAACGAAAAUUAAAACAAUGACUCGUCGAGAUGCUGCUGAAUUCCUCCUUAGAAAAGAUAUUCCUCCAUUUUUCGCUACGCAAAUUAAAAGAUACCUUCAAUUCAACGAUGACAGAAUAAAGAUUACUGGAGAAAAACCAGACGAAAGUCCUCUACAACCUGGUGCAGAGACAUUAAGAAAAUCGUUUGUUAACCAAGAUAGUAUGAAAUCAAAUAAUCCAAAUUAUCCAACAAAUCUGAUUUCACGAAUGAAUAUUAAACCAAUUGUAGCUGUUCCUUGCUUGAUUGAAGCAAAUGCUCCUCGUGCUGCUUGGCCUGAAACGACUCAGAGUCCAGUUUUCACUCAAAAGAAGUUCUUCAAAACUAAACUUGCUUUACCGCUUGAAUUGACUAUCAAGAAGCUAAAUGCUUAUAAAGCACCGCAAUAUAUUAUCGAAAAAGUUGAAGCAAUGGGAGAAUAA